AAGUAGGAGGUGCGAACGCGAUCACGCUCUUGCGCUCUCUGCUCCAGCAGUCCUGCUUCGCCAGCCUCCUUGCCAGCGACUCGCGGCGGAGUGCACGACGUGCAGUGACGAAGAGGCCCCGUGCGUCUCUGUACACCGCAGCCGUUUCGGAGCUUGAGACCCCAAAAUGGCAGAGCAGCUUUCCCCAGGAAAGAGCACAGACCAGGUGUGCACCUUCCUCUUCAAAAAACCUGGACGUAAAAAUGCUGCAGGCCGCAGAAAGCGCCCGGUCUGCGACUCAGAGCCGGGAGAAAGCAGCAGCAGUAGUGAGGAAGGCAGCACUGUAGUUCGCCCGGAAAAGAAGCGGACGAUCCACAAUCCGAUGAUACAGAAGACUCGUGGCAGCGGUAAACAGAAGGAGGCUUACGGCGAUCUGAGUAGCGAGGAAGAGAAUGAACCCGGGAGUCUCGGCGUGGUCUACAAGUCCACCCGUUCUGCAAAACCCGUGGGACCAGAGGAUAUGGGGGCGACUGCUGUUUACGAGCUAGACACUGAGAAGGAGCAUGACGCACAAGCUAUCUUCGAGCGUAGCCAGAAGAUCCAGGAAGAGCGGAGGGGCAAGGAAGAUGACAAAAUCUAUCGGGGAAUCAAUAAUUAUCAGAAAUACAUGAAGCCCAAAGACACGUCUAUGGGCAAUGCCUCCUCCGGAAUGGUGAGGAAGGGCCCCAUUCGAGCUCCGGAGCAUCUACGUGCCACCGUGCGCUGGGAUUACCAGCCUGACAUCUGUAAGGACUACAAGGAAACUGGCUUCUGCGGCUUCGGAGACAGCUGCAAGUUCCUCCAUGAUCGCUCAGAUUACAAGCAUGGGUGGCAGAUUGAACGUGAGCUUGAUGAGGGUCGCUAUGGUGUCUAUGAGGAUGAAAACUAUGAAGUGGGAAGCGAUGAUGAGGAAAUACCAUUCAAGUGUUUCAUCUGUCGCCAGACCUUCCAAAAUCCAGUUGUCACCAAGUGCAGGCAUUAUUUCUGCGAGACCUGUGCAUUGCAGCAUUUCCGCACCUCCCCGCGUUGCUAUGUCUGUGACCAGCAGACCAAUGGCGUCUUCAAUCCAGCGAAAGAAUUGAUUGCCAAACUGGAGAAGCAUCAAGCUGCGGAGGAAGGUGGUGCUUCCGAUUUCCCAGAAGACCCCAGGAAAGUGACUAAGAGGAGGAGGCAGGUGGUGAAUUAGAGUCCUGAAUGUCUU